AUGAGUUUUUUUAGUUUUGAUAGAGAGCGAUGGAUACCGAUCGGUAAAGAUUUCAUGGCUGGUUCUGUAGGUGGAAUGUCAUCGAUGCUAACAGGUCAUCCAUUCGAUACAAUCAAAGUUAUGCUACAAGAUGGUUCUGGAAAUGUUCCUAAAUUUAAAAAUGGUUGGCAAGCUCUUAAAUAUACAGUACAAAUGGAUGGUAUUAGAGGUGUAUAUAGAGGACUUUCAGUACCAUUAGUUAGUGUAUCAUUUAUAAACUCGAUAUUCUUUGUAACAAAUAAUCAUUGUCAAAAGUUAUUCCAUCCGAAUAACGAUACUCUGAUUCCAUAUCACAAGGUUGCAGCAGCUGGCGCGAUAGCAGGUGGCACUAUUUCAUUUUUUUUAACACCACGUGACUUGAUAAAGUCAAAACUACAGGUUCAAUCGAGAAAUACAAAUCUACUGUCGACGGUUACAACAAAAGGCGAACCACCACGUCAGUUCUAUAAGGGACCGAUCGAUGUCAUUCGACAGAUCAUCAGAAAAGAUGGAUUUCUAGGUUUGUUUAAGGGUUUGCGACCGACACUGGCGAGAGACAUCCCCGGUGACAUGGUUUACUUCACAAUGUACGAGUUUAUGAAGCGAAAGCUAUCGGCACUCUCGAAAUCGAGUGGACAUCCCGAGCACUUUCCGGCGUGGGUUGCCAUUGGUGCCGGUGGUUGUGCAGGUAUGAGUUUCUGGGCAUCGAUAUACCCGCUCGACGUCAUCAAGACGCGAAUUCAAACACAGCCAGAGCCUGCAAUCUACAAGGGAAUCAUUCACUGCGCAAAAGAAAUCUACAGAAAGGAAGGUAUCGCCACCUUUUACAAGGGUUUCUCAGCUACGAUUCUACGAGCAUUCCCAACGAGUGCCGUAAACUUUUUCAUGUACGAAACCACAAAGAAAAUGUUAAACUCUAAAAUCGAUGAUCAAGAUUUAUCUUCUAUUGGUUUAGAAGCAACUUAA